AUGGAGGAAAUACCGUUUCAGAAAGUCAAAACCAGGCGGAAGAGAAGUCACUGUCCGCCGGGUGUACCCCUGUCCACCAUCGCUUGCGAGGACGAAUUCGACUGCAAGGAACUGGAGUCGCUGUUCCAAAACUACAACCUCAAGCUGGAGCAGACGUCCACUCUGAAAGCCCUGGCCGUGCUCAUCUUCAUGUCCUCCACUCUGGCCGUGGUCGAGCUGCUAUCCGGACCAGCGCUGACCAUCUCCAAAGGGUCCCAUCCCGUGCACUGCAUCAUCUUUGCCUCCUUGUUCAUAGUAACUAAUGUCAAGUACUUGCAAGUAACUCAGCUGCAGCAGAUCGUCAACCUGUCGCUGCUCUUCGGCUUCACCUUCUCCUUUCUGUGCUGUCCCUUUUCCCUGGGUGCCAUGGGAAUCGACCCCCCCACUUCCCCGGAGCAGGGCGUAUGGCAGCUGAUCUUGGUCACGUUCGUCGCCUAUGCGCUGCUCCCCGUGCGGACGCUGCUGGCGGUUCUGUUUGGGAUUAUGGUCUCCGUGUCUCAUUUGAUUGUCACCGCCACUUCUGUCACGGUCAAGACCCAGAAGUUAUGGAGGACGCUUGUGGCCAACACCGUGCUCUUCACCAGUGUCAACCUGUCGGGGCUGUUUGUGCGCAUCCUGACUGAGCGUGCCCAGAGGAAGGCUUUUCUGCAGGCCCGAAACUGCAUCGAAGAGAGGCUGCGCAUGGAGGAUGAGAACGAGAAGCAGGAGCGCCUGCUAAUGAGCCUGUUGCCCAGAAACGUAGCUAUGGAGAUGAAAGAGGAUUUCCUGAAGCCCCCAGAAAGGAUCUUUCACAAAAUCUACAUCCAGCGCCACGACAACGUCAGCAUCCUGUUUGCAGACAUCGUGGGCUUCACCAGCCUCGCCUCCCAGUGCACGGCCCAAGAGCUGGUCAAACUCCUCAAUGAGCUGUUUGGGAAAUUUGAUGAGCUCGCCACGGAGAACCACUGCAGGAGGAUUAAAAUCUUGGGCGACUGUUACUACUGCGUUUCUGGACUGACUCAACCCAAAACCGACCACGCCCACUGCUGUGUGGAGAUGGGACUGGACAUGAUCGAUACCAUCACGGCCGUUGCAGAGGCCACGGAGGUGAACCUGAACAUGCGGGUGGGUCUCCACACGGGCCGGGUGCUGUGCGGGGUGCUGGGCCUCAGGAAGUGGCAGUACGACGUGUGGUCCAACGACGUCACUCUGGCCAACGUGAUGGAGGCAGGAGGACUCCCGGGGAAAGUCCACAUUACCAAAACCACGCUGGAGUGCCUGAACGGAGACUAUGAGGUGGAACCAGGAAACGGACACGAACGAAACGCCUUCCUCCAGAAACAUGACAUUGAGACUUUUUUUAUAGUGCCAUCUCAUCGACGGAAGAUAUUCCCUGGAUUGAUUCUUUCGGACAUAAAGCCCGCCAAAAAGAUGAAGUUCAAAACUGUCUGCUACUUACUAGUGCAGCUUAUGCACUGCAGGAAGAUGUUCAAGGCUGAGAUUCCCUUCUCCAAUGUCAUGAACUGCGAGGACGGGGAUAAGCGGAGGGCCAUGCGCACCGCUCCACAAAAGCUGCGGAACCGUUCCAACACCAACCAGACCACAGUGAUCCAGAGCAGCCCCCGGACCCGCGUCAACCGCUACAUCGGGCGGCUGAUCGAGGCCCGGCAAACCGAGUCUGAUACGGCCGACCUCAACGUGCUCACCCUCAUGUACAAGUGCUCCGAUCGAGAGCAAAGGUACCAUCAACUCCCUGAUGAGUACUUUACCAGCGCUGUCGUGGUCUCUCUGGUUCUAGCUGCCUUGUUUGGCCUUGUCUACCUGCUCAUUAUACCACAGGGCACCGUAGUCCUAGUUCUCCUCGUCUUUUGCAUCUGUUUUCUGGUGGCGUGCAUCAUGUACUUGCAGAUAACCAAAGUCCAGUGUUUUCCAGGGUGCCUGACCAUUCAGAUUCGCACUGCCCUCUGUUUAUUCAUAGUGCUCUUAAUCUACUCUGUGGCUCAGGCGUGUGUGGUGGGCUGUAUGCCGUGGCUGUGGGCCCGGGCCUCCUCCAACAGCUCCAUCCUGAUCAUCGACGUGGGCAGUGGCUCCAACCGCACCAUGGCCGAGCUGCCGUGCGACGGGGCCCGAUACGCCUUCAUGGCCUGCGUGGUGGGGACCCUGACCCUGGCCCUGUUCCUGCGGGUGUCCUGGCUCCCCAAGAUGGCGCUCAUGCUGCUUCUGGGCGUCUUGUAUGUCACCGUCCUGGAGCUCAGCGGCUUUCGCAAGAUUGCAGGUGGGGGGUCCUUCCACAUUCGAGGCUACGAACCGCUCCUGUCUCUGCUACUAUUUGUCAGCGCCUUGGCCCUCCACUCCAGACAGCUCGACCUCAAACUCCGCCUGGACUUCCUCUGGGCAGUGCAGGCGGAGGAGGAGAGAGACGGCAUGGAGAAAGUCAAGCUUGACAACCGCAGAAUACUUUUCAACCUGCUGCCUGCGCAUGUCGCUCAGCACUUUCUCAUGUCCAAUCCCAGGAACAUGGAUCUGUACUACCAGUCCUACGCACAAGUGGGCGUCCUAUUCGCCUCCAUCCCCAACUUCAAUGACUUCUACAUCGAGCUGGACGGCAACAACAUGGGAGUGGAGUGCCUUCGACUGCUCAAUGAGAUCAUCGCAGACUUUGAUGAGCUCAUGGACAAAGAGUGCUACAAAGACAUAGAGAAAAUCAAAACUAUUGGCAGUACAUACAUGGCAGCAGUGGGGCUGGUGCCAACGAUCGGAACUAAGGCCAAAAAAUCUGGGUAUGAUCAUCUGAGCACAAUCGCAGACUACGCCAUUGAGAUGUUCGACGUUCUGGAUGAAAUCAACUAUCAAUCGUACAAUGAAUUUGUGCUACGAGUUGGUAUCAACGUGGGGCCGGUGGUUGCGGGUGUGAUCGGUGCACGGCGGCCCCAGUACGACAUCUGGGGGAACACAGUCAAUGUGGCCAGUCGCAUGGACAGCACUGGAGUUCCGGGGAAAAUACAGGUCACCGAGGACGUGAACCGCAUGCUCAACACCAACUACGACCUGGUGUGCCGCGGUAAGGUCAGCGUCAAGGGCAAAGGCGAGAUGCUGACCUACUUCCUGGAGGGAAAAGUCCAGGGCAUCGGCACGGUCACCACCUCCUCCGUCAUGCGCUCGGUGAGUCUGGCGCGCCGCAUUCACUCCUGCGGCAAAACCAGCGUGCCCGCCAACCUGGGUAGCGUCUCCUCCGCCACCAGCCUCAGCAUGGGCAUCCAGCCUAACAGCGUCAGCAAUAGUCAGUGCCUGGCCUCUCCGUGCGUGCCCGCGGUCAGGGAAGUGGUGGAGGAGGAAGACAUAACGGAAAUAGAGAUCGAAGUUGUGCCGAGAGAAGCCGACGCGGCGGUUUGA